AUGGUCGUUGAUUUCUGGAUCAUCAGUCGGUCGUGGAUUAUUUGUAUUAUCAGUUUCAAUCAUAGCAUCAGAACGUACUCCAACAGUCAUUUCCAAUGAUUUAGAAGCUGAUUCUGGUACUUUAUCAAUUUCAUCCAUAUAAUAUUAACAGUUUUUCGUAUUUUCUAUGAGCUUUAAUUUAUCUACAAAGAAUAUAAGGAAAUGAAGACUGAUAAAUAUGAAGACUCAAAAAUGUUGCACUUAUUGCCCAGGAAAAUUAGUUCAUCCAGAAAGCAACGAAUCCCACGAAUGCUGUCAGCCACGAUACAUUUCGGGAAAUUUAAGAAUAUCUUCUUUGAAUAAACAUGUGCCAGAAUGCUUUGGAAAAAAAGAAGUCAAGGAAAAUCUUUCAAAACCAUUGUCACAGAAUCGACCAACUUGUUAUGAUCAAUUUGCUACAGCAAGGAAGCUUCAUGCAGAGAAUUUAGAACACCAACCUCUUCCCGAUAAAGUCGAUGAUUCUGUCUUUAAGAACGUAAGACUAGAAGAAUCUUCUGAUAAAGUUUUAUCGAAAAAAUAUUGUGAUUAUUGUAAACAAGAAUUUAAAGAUCAUUCUAUGAAUGCAAAUAAACAUUAUAGACCAGUCUUAGGUUGUAAAGAGCCCAAGACGAAAAUGGAUUUAGCUAUUUGUUGGGAAACUCCGAUAAAUCCAAUUUACGAAACAUCUAAGUCUACCCAUAUUGAUGGUUCAAAAGGUGGAGUCGCGCCAGCUAUAUUUACUCUUGUUCAGCAUACUUCUACUUCUAGAGCUUCCGUUUAUUCUGAAACAGCAAAGAACGAGAAAAGUUCUACAUCCUGCCGAGAUCAAUGCAAAUUACAAGAAGAUUAUUGUUACAAAAAUAAGGAAAACAAUAAAAAUGUAAAAUGUUAUGAUUGUACUUGCAAGGAUUUGAAUGUGAAUAUAUUGAAGAAGAAUAAAGUCGAAGAACAACCAAAAAGAGAAAUGUUUAGAAAGUGUGUUGCCUGCAAUAUGAAAAAUAUUGAUCCUAGAUUGAUUAGAUCUGCUGUUGGAUUAGCACUGGGUACUGAAAAUAAUCAACAAAAAGAUGAAAGUAAAUUAACGAUACCAAGACCAAAGACUCCUUUUGCUAAAAAAUCUUUUUGUAUCGAUUCUUUGGUCCCUCCCUUUAGUAUUGUUAAUAGAUAUAGAGAUGGUGAUUUUCCAGAACAUUGGAGACUUAUGUCAGUUUAUCAACAAUCGUAUAAGAAUCCAUAUAGACGGAAAAUUUAUCGCAGUUAGAUUAUACAAGUUAGAUUUUAAAUUGUUAAAAUAGUAAAUUAUUAGAAUUAUAAUAAAUAUUCUAUUUCAAAUAUUAAUGUAACG